UCAUGUCUAUAAAGCAUUUUUCUCUGGAAUACAAUCAAUUGAACAAAAGAAGAACUUUCUCACCUGGAGAUGUCCUCUCCGGUAGAGUAUUUGUGGUGGCCAGCAAGGAGACCAGGGUGCAAUUGUUGGUGGUUAAAGCUAAAGGAACAGCAGAGGUGAAAUGGUAUGGGCAAGAUGGAGGAACCACAGUGCACCAUCAAGAUGAAGAGAAAUAUUUCUACAUGGAGCACAUUAUUAUUCAGGAUAAAAAUAAAGGAGAUGGAUCAGAAAUCAUUCGCCAAGGAAAGAGUGUAUACCCUUUUACCUUUAAGAUUCCAAAUAAAGAUAUGCCUUCAUCGUAUGAAGGGAAAUGGGGCCGAAUCACAUACAGUUUACAAGCUCAACUGACUCAGUCAAUUUGGAGCAUUCACAAAACGAGGAUUGAGUUCCCAUUUCUUACCAAGUCUGAGUUCCCCUUUGCCUCCACAUCAGAAAUGUUGAUCAUCGGUCUUAAAGAGCGGCAAAGUGCAACCAAAAUUUCAUUUUACGGCUCUGGAAAGGUUACUUUGAAUGUAACUUCAGAGAAAAUGGGACUGACGCAAGGUCAACAAAUGGAAGUGUCUGUUGAAGUCAUCAAUGGCUCAAAUAGUGCAGUAACUCCCAAAUUCUUCCUUUGUGAAAAGCAAAUAUUUGUGGCUCAGUCAGAGACGCUUGUGCACACAAAUGAGAUUCUCUUCGGUUCAGGCCAGUCUGUUGCGGCUCGGACCAGUCGCACCAUCAGUAAUGUUCUAAGUAUCCCUAUGCAGCUCCACCCUACCUUCUGCAACUGCUCCGUGAUCAAGCUCGAGUAUAUGCUCAAGGUCAUCCUUGGUGACCCACUGGCUAGAGAUCCAGACAUCAAACUUCCUGUGGUCAUUCUACUGGGUCCAUCCCAAGAUUCUUAUCCAUAUCGUCAAAACCAUAAAAGGUCCAUGGGACAUAGAAGCUUGCCAAAUUAGUGUCAUGUGAAGGGAGAUGUGUGGCUGGCUAUAUGUGAGUGUUUUGUUUGUCUGUUUGUUUUUUUGCGCUUCUGUUUGUCAAGCAGCAAUGGCGCCACCAAGGGGUGUUUCCUAUUAAGUACAUAACUCCACGUGUAUUCAUUAAUAGUUCUGAUCCUUUCAGUGAGAAUCUUCAAUGUAAAUAGUCAUGAAAAUACAGAAAACACAUGAAUGAAAAGGUGUAUUUAAAGUUUUGGCCUGUACUGUAUAUUGAAAUAAUGUAUAUAGUAGAAUUUGUUUUCCCCCGUCAGCAUUUUUUUUUUUUUUUAAAUAAUGACUGUUUUAUAAUCCCUGGUGAGAAAAAUGAGGGAAUACUUCUAAUGAAGGCCUCUUAAAAUGCUGCUCAGCCAAGCAAAAGUGGAAAAUACCAAACAUCAAAUGAAUGUUUCUGUUUGUGACACUUUUGUCAGCGACGAUUUUUCAUUGGAACUAAAAUUGGAAGUGAACACAACGAUUCAGCCAUUGUGAAACAUCAUCUGGAUACUGUAUUGUUCAAUUUGUAGUUUUUCCUAUUGUGUGAGAAAACUCUUUACCCCUUCGGGCAGUAUCUGCACAUGCCAAAUUGUAGGGUGUGUGUGUGUGUGUGUGUGUGUGUGUGUCUGUGUCAAUGUGUGUGCCUGCUUAAUCAAUAAAUAUUUGGAAUAUAAAGAAAGAUCAAGUCCAUACAAGUAUGAAAACAAAGGCAAUCAUAACAACAACCUGUGAUCGUAUCCACAUGCAAUGAGUUGAAAAUUAACAUUCUUGCUUUAUUCAGCCUAGACAUAGUUUACAUUCGAUAUUGUCAUUUUCAUUCAAACCAUAGACUCCAUAAUGAUAUUGACGGGACAUCUUCCCCAGACAUUCCGCCACUCCUUCAAGUAGGGGGGCCGUCCCACACUCCGCUUCAGUCGGUCGAAGUCGGUCGCAGUUAUUCUCAAACACAUACAGCGAUCCAACGCCAGAUUUCGGUUGAAAAAGUACGAAAGCUGUACUGCAUACAAACAGGAAACAUUGUAUCAGGAUUGAU